CGAUCCAUAUACUUCCACGAAACCCUAGCACCUCCUAUAUAGUUUCUCUCGUGCCACUUUCUCGAGCUUCCCCUCACGCACGCCGCCGCAGCCGCCGCCGCCGCUACCGCCCCGCACCCCGCUCCUCUCCCGUCGCCGAGAUGACGAAGCGCACCAAGAAGGCCGGAAUUGUUGGCAAAUAUGGAACCAGGUAUGGUGCUAGCUUGCGUAAGCAAAUCAAGAAGAUGGAGGUAUCUCAGCACUCCAAGUACUUCUGUGAGUUCUGUGGGAAGUUUGCUGUGAAGAGGAAAGCAGUUGGUAUUUGGGGAUGCAAGGACUGUGGGAAGGUCAAGGCUGGUGGUGCUUACACCAUGAACACUGCUAGUGCGGUCACUGUCAGGAGCACGAUCCGUCGUUUGAGGGAGCAGACUGAAGCAUGAUAAAGCUCUUGUUCGGCAUAUUGGGGUUCUAGUUGAAUCACACUAUAUUGGCCGUUUGGCUGAGAUAAUGCUCCACCAUUUUUGGUUUAUGCUCUAGGAUCUCUAAAAGUUGGGUGCUAAGAUUUGUACUUGGUUACCAUUGUGAAUUUCACAAAGUGAUAUCUAAUUGUAUCCCUGUAUCAAUGACGUCAAAUUUGGUUGUGGUCUACCCUUUGGUUGCGUCAUUGGUUUGCAA